AUGUCGGGGGAGUACAAUCGCAGCGAGUUCAAUGGCGCCGAAGGCGACGCUCUCAAUGGCGCCUCCGCCCCCAGCAGUCCCAACCCCAAUAUCAGCGCAACCACGCCCGGGCCCAUCACCUCCACCUCUCCCCGCGUCGGCAUCCCCAAGAAUGUCGAAGAUGUCAUGUACUCAGAUGUCGGCAUCACCACCCUCCUCAGCCGUCUGAAGCAGAGCGUCGCCUCCGCGCGAGACUUCGCCGCCUUUCUGAAGAAGCGUUCCACCCUGGAGGAAGAGCAAGCCACGGGCCUUCGCCGCCUCGUUCGCACGCAGCAAGAUGCUUUGAAACGUGUUGAAGUCAAGGCAGGCAGCUAUGCGGCGCAGGUGGCCGAGGUGAUGCGCGUGCACGAGCGCAUGGCGGAGAACGGGAUGCAAUUCGCCCUCUCGCUGCACCAGAUGCACGAGGAUUUGAACGAGCUGUCCACAAAUAUGGAGCGGGGCAGGAAGCAGUGGAAACAUGAGGGCCUGGAUGCGGAGAAGCGCGCUUCGGACGCCGAGGCGGCCAUGCUCAAGGCUAAGUCGCGAUACGAUGCGCUUGCUGAGGAUUAUGACCGCGCGCGCACCGGUGAUACCAAGGGCUCAAGGAGGAUCGGGUUGAAGGGUCCCAAGAGCGCGGAGCAGUAUGAGUCGGAUCUGUUGAAGAAGACUCAGCUUGCCGAUCAGGAGUAUGAUGAGAAGGUCAGGCAGGCUUCCAGCCAAAGGGAGACGCUGUUGAACUCCGAUCGGCCACGAGCUGUGAAGGCGCUGCUUGAGCUGAUUCGGGAAUGCGAUUCUGCCUUGACGCUGCAGUUGCAGAAAUUUGCAACCUUCAAUGAAAAGCUGCUGCUUGGGAAUGGUUUAGCGGUGACCCCCUUGACCGACAGAGAUGCGGCAGGAGGACCAAAGAGUCUGCGUGACACCGUGCUGGACAUUGACAACGACACCGACUUCAACGCAUUCGUCCGAUCGCAGAAACUUCCCCCGCCGCCCGCCGAAAUCAAAUACCAGCGCCAUCCUAGCCUCGCGCCCAAGACCCAACUGCCAACCCCUGCGGCAACCACGAAUGACAGAUCUGUGAGUGGUGGCUGGGCUCAACAACAGCAGCAAUCUGGCCUGGGAGUGAACACUGCCGUGACCCCAGGCAGCCAACCAGCGAGCACCAAUAACAGGCACGACUUCUUCGCCGCACCCGUCGUGCCACCAUCGCGACCCUCGGGCGAGUACGGCCAGCGUCCGUCGACUGCGGGAAGAUUCGAUCAGCAACCCAGCUCCCCACAGGUGCAAUCGCCGAAUGUGCAAUCUCCCAACAGCUUCGCCAGUCGCUACAACUCGCCGGCGGGGCCCCCGUACGGAGCUGGCGCCGCACCGCCGUACCCCAGCGACGUCCACCCCGCCGAAAGAUCCAUAACACCCUACCAGCAGCAACAGCAAUCCACAGGCAUCAUCCCCGGCGCCAGCCCCCUCACCUCCCCCAACUCCCGACAAUACGGCUCCCAAGCGCCAGCCCCGCAACACAAUCUCCCACCCCUCCGGCCCGUCUUCGGCGUCAGCCUGGACGAACUCUUCAACCGCGACCAAAUCGCCGUGCCCCUCGUCGUCGUGCAAUGCAUCCUCGCCGUCGACACCUUCGGCCUCGACGUGGAAGGCAUCUACCGCCUCUCCGGCACAGCGUCGCACAUCAGCACGCUGAAGUCGCAAUUCGACCACGACAGCAGCCGCAUCGACUUCCGCAACCCGGCGGCGUUCAUGCACGACGUCAACUCCGUCGCCACGCUGCUGAAGCAAUUCUUCCGCGACUUGCCCGAUCCCCUGUUUACGCACGCGGGGUAUUCCACCUUUAUCGAUGCCGCGAAGAUCGAGUCGGAUGAGCAGCGGCGUGAUGCGCUGCAUCAGGGCAUCAAUGAUUUGCCGGAUCCGAAUUACGCGACGCUGCGGGCGCUUGUGCUGCAUUUGAAUCGCGUGAUGCAGAACGAGGGCCGGAAUCGCAUGAGUAGUAGUAAUUUGGCCGUGUGCUUUGCACCUAGCCUCAUGGGCACCCAGACUGGCCCGCAAAUUGCCGAUGCGGGCUUGCAGGCUCGCGUGCUGGAUACGAUUCUCGUUAAUGCGACUGCUAUCUUUGACGAUGACUAG